AGGACCACAUACGAGACAAGGAGCCUCCCAUGUUGAUAACCCUAACAGCGACAGGAGCAGAGUAACACUGGGACAGAGGGGGGCGCGGAGUUCGACAAGAGAAUGACGGCUAGCGAGAGAUAUUGCGGAGGGAGGGUCGGGCGUCGAGUGGUGGCGGAGAGGAUGCGGCGGACACGAAAAGGACUCUUUCCAAACAGAGGGCACCAGACAAGGGGAUGCGAGGGGAUUUAAAAGGCCAACGAAGGGUCUUUUCAACGGAACUGAAUAAAACACAGCUUGACACGAGACAAGGCCACGAUCAAGAGCUGACUAAAUGGCAUGGAGGGAUGGUUGGUGGCCAUCAUUGGCCCGCGGUCUCCUGCCGAUCGGCCUGGCCCAAGCUCAAAUCAACUAAGGAUGGCUUGGAUGGGGAUGCGGUUCACUACCGCUCGCUGGCCGGUGUUGGUUUCCAUCAUUCAAUUGUCGUCGGAUUCCUACCUCUCCUUCCCUCCCUCCCCAGCCACGACGCCUUUCGCUCGAUCAUCCCUCUUCACCUCUUCCCCACGCGCCACCUCACCGUUGGGAUGCUCCUGAGCUGAUCCGAAUCUACUCCUUCCGACAUCCUUCGCGAUCCGCUCGCGAUUUGACCGGGUCAACUUUCUCUCACUGACACCCUACUCAGAGAUUACCGGCUGCCGGUCUAGCAACACAUC